AUGGCAAGUCUCUCUGCUUCCAAGAUCGUUUCUCUCGGCGCAGACGCUGUCUACCUCGCCGCAAGAGCUCCUCCUGAUGCACCAGAUGGUUUAUACGACUGGCAAGCAUCCUCGGAUGCCGCCGACCAAAAGGAAGGCCACUCAACGACGUCUAAUUUCAUCAAUCGUGCUGAGACACUGGCGUCCAAAGGACAGUUCAAGCCAGACCCUAAAGUGUUGGCGGGAAUUACCGACAGUUUGGUCCAUCCGCAUGCAGUCGACGACAGGAAGGGUCUUUUCGAGGCCGCACUUGGUAUCAUGGCCCGCAUUGAUCCCGCCUCCGAAGUUGCCUUGAAGCUCGGCGAUAAAAUCAUUGGAGGACUGUACAACACAGUUCCGCACCCGCCUGCUGCCCAUCUUGGUCAUAAGUACGCUUGGAGAGAGGCGGACGGCUCGAACAACAACCUUCAAGACCCUGAUUACGGUCGCUCAGGGCGCCCCUACGCUCGUAGUGCACAGGGGCGAGGCAACUUACCUGUAACUUCCUUGCCAGACCCAGGCCUCAUUUUUGAUACUCUCUUGAGGAGGCGCGAAUUGAAAAGCCACCCUGGUGGGUUAUCUAGUAUGAUCCUCGCAUUCGCGUCUAUCGUCACCCACUCCUUGUUCCGUACGGACCGCAAGGACGUGAGCAUCAACAACGCCAGCUCUUAUCUCGACCUUAGUCCUGUGUACGGUGAUAAUCAAGCAGACCAAGACAAGGUCCGAGACAAAGAUCAGGGACGUGGAUUGCUGUACCCGGAUACGUUCCACGAGGAGCGACUCAUUUUCCUCCCACCGGCCACGAGUGCCUUGCUCGUCCUUUUCAGCCGAAACCAUAACUACAUCGCCGACAAGAUCCUGAAAAUCAACGAACGCAAGAGGUGGACUGAUCCUCCUCCCACUGAUCCUGCUGCUCGCGCUCUGCAAGACGAGGAAAUCUUCCAGACGGCUCGCCUAAUCAAUGGCGGUCAUUUCAUGAGUAUGAUUACCGGAGACUAUGCUGCAACCUUCCUUGGUUCUGCGGAGAACUGCAAUUGGAACAUGAAUCCGUUCGAUCCCAUUGAUAGAGACGGCCUCGUCGUUGACAGGGGUCGUGGAAACCACUGCAGCGUAGAGUUCAACAUGUUGUACAGAUGGCACGGGACAACGUCGCCAGUCAACGAGAAGUGGACAGAAGAGAUCUUCAACAGCGCUUUCGGAGGCAAGCCUUUCGAUCAACUGUCUCUAAGAGACCUUAGUACGUUCGGCAAGAUCUUCGACAACGUACCUGCUGAUCCUUCCAAGCGCACCUUCGCUGGACUGAAGCGCGGUCAGGACGGCAAGUUUUCCGACGACGAUCUAGCGAAUAUCCUACACUCUACGACCGCAGAUCUAGCCGGGUCAUACGGAGCUCGUAACACGCCGCCCGUUCUAAGGUUAGUUGAGAUUAUGGGUAUGGAGCAGGCGCGCUCGUGGGGCGUGUGCACGAUGAACGAGUUCCGCAAGUUCUUGGGCCUGAAACAAUUCGAGUCCUUCGAAGAAUGGAACCCCGACCCAGAAGUUGCCGAUGCUGCUCGCCGCUUGUAUGGUCAUAUUGACUACCUCGAACUCUAUCCCGGCCUUCAAGCAGAGCAGACGAUGCCAGUUGUGGAUGGCUUGAGUCUAGCCUGCGGGUAUACGACAAUGAGGGCUGUCCUCGGCGAUGCAAUCGCGCUCGUCCGUGGCGACAGGUUCUACACCACCGACUUUACUCCAUUCAAUCUUACGACCUGGGGUUUCCACGAUUGCCAACGCCACCUUGACAACGGCGGCGGCGGCGGCCUAAUGUCGAAGCUCAUGAUGCGCCAUAUGCCUCGCCAUUUCCCAUGGAAUUCUACGUACUCGUUAUGGCCGUUCUUCACGCCUGAACACAUGCGGCAGUCACUUACGAGACAAGGUAUUGCACAGAAAUACACGUUCGACCGACCCAUUGCCCAGCCGGUCCCCAUCAUCCUCAAAACCUUCGCGGCGAUCAAAGGCGUCUGGAACGAUCCCACGCGGUUCAAGAUAAUCUACGAAAAGCUAGGUUACGGAUCUAUGCUCUUGUUCGACGAUGCCAAACGGCAUGAUGCUGAUAGAGCAAUGGUUCUGCAUGCGCUUUUCCCUACACAGGACUCCAUCGCUCAAUAUGCCGCUUGGUGUCGCGCGGAUACUGUGAAGCUCAUACAAGAGCGCUCAUGGAACUACGACGGUGUACCAGGGACAUACAUGGAUGUCGUGAACGGCAUCCUCAACAAUGCUGCCAUUCAUUUCGUUUCUGAAAAGAUUCUUGGUAUAGAACUGAAGACGAAAGCGAAUCCCCGAGGUAUUCACACGGAGCGAGAGAUGUACGAAAUGCUGGCUACUCUAGUGGGUGUAUUCUUCCUUCCAAUUACCUUCCUUUCAUUCGAUGAGCCCGAGUCCAAAUUUGCUUUGAAUGACGCAGCCUUCAGAGCAGGGGUCAUUCUCAAUCUCUUGAAUACCAAAGCCAUUAUGGAAGUAGCGCCCUCAACUGCCCCAAACGCGGUAGGAAGACUCAUUGCUGGGGCUCGCUCGUACAUUUGGCCGGAAACCGAAAAGCCGUGGUACCCCUUCCUCUCGACCAUCGCUUCCACAGGCCGCCCAUUGGACGAGCUUAUUGGAAAUAUCGUUGGACUAGCUAUCGCCUCUUCUGUAACUAUCGCCCAAGGUGCCGUACAUACCGUCGACUUCUACCUCGACGACGCGCGCGCAAAGGAACGCGCAGAGAUCAUCCGUCUAGUCAAGAAGGACGACGUGCAGAGCACCGAGCUGCUGCAAGGCUACGUCCGAGAGGCACUGAGAUUAAACCCGCCGGUCCCAGGUAUCUGGCGUGAUGUUGCUGUCGACGCGACCAUCCCGCAAGGCGGCAAUCUCCCCCCGAUCAAGGUCAAGGCUGGUGAUCGCAUCUGGGGCAGCUUCAGGACCGCCCACCUCAAUCCGGAGGACUUUCCUAACCCACAUGCCAUCGACCCGCGCCGGCCCAAGGCAUCGUACAACUUGAACGGAACUGGGUUCCACAUGUGUCCUGGGACGACGUAUACACAGGUCGUUAUUGCGGAGAUGAUCAAGCCGAUCUUUGCUUUGAGGAACCUGCGCCGUGCGCCUGGGGAUGCCGGCGUUCUUCCCAAGUACCAAGAUACCAUCCGCGAGACAGAGAACACCAUCUAUAUCAAUCGUGAUGGCACGACCGGUCCAUGGCCAAGCUCUCUGCACGUCGUCUACGAUGCGUGA